AUGAGAUUCAAUUAGAAUAUACUUAAUUUAACAACCUAAUUGGAUUACUCUUUCGCAUAAAUCAAAAAGAAAUAUGAAGAUUUUUCGAAAUAAUUGGAGAAAAUAUAAAUACCAUUAUCAAAGAUAUCUCAAUGUUUAAGUAAAUAGGAUUAUUAAUAUAUGAAAGAAAAUUUAUAAGUGAUAAAUUGGAUUUAAUUAUUAUAAUUAAUAUACAAAUAUGAUUGA